UUUCGCGUUUGCCCAUUUGUAGUUUUUUUGGACUACAAAUCCCUUGCCUCCUUAGUUUGUGUUCCUUGAGACGUUCUCUACUGUGUUUGGUUUUGAACGGGCGGGAGUGUCACGCGUGUGUUUCGCUAAGUUGCUGUGUUGAGUGCUACCAUGGCAACAGACAUUGUGGCGCAGCUCGCCGAGUCUCUGGCCAAGACUGGAGUUGAGGAAGGCGAGCUGAGCUAUAAAGGCCAGGGUCGGAAGUUGGAUGAUGCAAAGUCAGUGGAAGAGAUUGUGAAAGAGAUCCAGGACUUUGAGGGGUUACAGGCCCUGCGCCUAGAGGGCAACACUGUCGGGGUGGAGGCAGCACAGGCAAUUGCUAAAGCUCUGGAAACAAAAAGCACAUUUAAGCAAUGUUACUGGAGUGAUAUGUUUACUGGCCGCCUCCGUUCUGAGAUUCCACCUGCUUUGAAUUCUCUGGGCGAUGCUUUGAUGUUGGCAGGAGCCAGGCUGACUGUUCUAGACCUUAGUGACAAUGCCUUUGGACCUGACGGAGUGAAAGGAAUUGAAAAAUUGCUAAAGAGCAGUGCCUGUCACACUUUGCAGGAGCUACGAUUAAAUAAUUGUGGAAUGGGCAUUGGCGGCGGAAAAAUCUUGGCUGCUUCAUUGACUCAAUGCCACAAAAGCUCCACUGCCGAAGGCUGCCCACUCAGCUUGAAGGUCUUUGUCGCAGGUCGCAACCGGCUAGAGAAUGAUGGUGCAAUUGCCCUUGCUCAAGCUUUUCAGCUAAUGGGAAGUUUGGAGGAAAUUCACAUGCCUCAGAAUGGCAUUAACCAUCCCGGUGUAACAGCCUUGGCUAAAGCUGUGCAGCACAAUCCCAAUCUACGUAUCCUCAAUCUUAAUGACAACACCUUCACUGACAAAGGAGGAAUUGCCAUGGCACAGGCUCUCAAACAUCUAAGCAGCAUUCAGGUGAUAAACUUUGGGGAUUGUCUGGUGCGUCCGGCAGGAGCUAUUGCAAUUGCAGAAACUGUUUCAGAGGGACUUCCUAUUCUCAAGGAGCUCAAUCUAUCCUUCUGUGAAAUCACUGAAGAGGCGGCUCUCAGAGUCACACAAGCAGUCAAACACAAAAACACGCUGGAGAAACUUGACCUCAAUGGAAACUGCCUUGGAGAAGAUGGUUGUAAAGCUGUGCAGGAUGCCAUGGAAGAAAUGAACAUGGGCCAGCUUUUAGGAUCACUGAGUGAUGAUGAAGGUGAGCCGGAAGAUGAUGAAGAUGAAGAUGACGAAGAGGAGGAUGACGAAGAGGACGAAGAUGAUGUGGAUGAGGAGGAAAUUGAAGAAGAAGAGGAGGAGGAUGAUGGUGAGGAGGAAGAGGAGGAGGAGGAGGAGGAAGAAGAGAAGUUUUCCACACCCAGCUCCGCACCAAAGCCUCCAGAUGUCGCCUCCUUCCUCAGCUUUCCUUCCCCUGACAAACUGCUCAAACUUGGAGACAGAAGGGCCUAUCUGAUCGAACAGCGGGUGGAUGUGACAGAUCCUAUGAAAACCGCAGAAGCCUUCCUAAAGAUCUCUUCUGUUUACAAGGAUGACAACAAAGAAGUGAAGGAUGCUGUUUUGGAUAGUAUUGAUGCUAUUCUAAAGAAAGCUUAUUCCACCCCUUCAUUCCAGGGAUUCAGCUUUGUAUCAUCUCUGUUAAUACUACUUGGACUGAUCAAGAGCGAGGACAAAGUGAAACCUGUUCUAGUGGUUCCAGGACACCUUCAGGCCUUAGAACAUGUUGUUCAACAAGAUUAUUUCCCAAAAGAAAAUGUGGCGGUCCUUGAGGCCUUCAUGUCCCGAAACAACAAAGCACUUGACUCAUGUGGAAAUGCAAGAAUCCUCCUUCAGUCAACUCUGCACAGUUUGAAGUCCCAGAGCUGAGAACACCAGAGGUCAUCGAUUCACACAAAUGGACUUUGAUGGACUGCAAUAGUGAGCAUUUGUUUGAAAAAGAAACACAUCUUACCCCAGGCUCUCCACUACACUUGAAUGGACUUAUUAUGGACUUAUGGAUCAUUAAUUUAUGUACUACUCUCCUACUAAUCUGUAGUGAGAUGCAGCCACUAUUUUCAACCCUGGACACAUUCGGCUGCGUUUACAGUAAAUUGCUAUAUUUGCCUAUUACUUUUAAAGUUUAUUAUACACAACCGAGUUCUGUAUAUUAAAUAAAUAGGGCAUUUCAUGAUAUUAUAAAAGUAGGAGCCAAAUGGUUUGCAAAAUAAUAAGAAAUUAUCUUGUUUAUAAUAAAAUGAUUUCAGUUUCAACAUUGACUUAAUAUUUAUAUCUUAUCUGUUUUGUUAUUUUGAUUUUAUAAACUGUCACAGGGAUUCUGCACUAAAUCAAAAUGCAUUAAAGUGCAUUUGACAGACUAA